UGGAGGCCGGUGGUCCCUCCCAGGCCGCCCGUGCGGCGAGGCCGCGCCGCCCGUUCCCCUGCCCCCACUCUUACCUCGUCACCUCCCCGCCCUGUCGGCGGGCCCCUGAGGUGCGCGGCGCAGGCGCGGAGCGGGCCGGCAUUUUUUACCAUCUGUGAAAACUUCCCUGUAAUUCAUUUUUCCUCACUCCAGUUACACCAAAUUGAAAAGAUAUGAAUGAAUAUCCUAAGAAAAGAAAAAGGAAGACUUUACACCCUUCUCGUUAUUCAGAUUCCUCUGGAAUAAGCAGAAUUGCAGAUGGAUUCAAUGGAAUUUUUUCUGACCAUUGUUAUAGUGUCUGUUCUAUGAGACAACCAGACUUAAAAUAUUUUGACAACAAAGAUGAUGAUUCUGACACAGAGCCAUCAAAUGACUUGCCAAAAUUUGCAGAUGGAAUCAAGGCCAGAAACAGAAAUCAGAAUUACCUGGUCCCCAGUCCUGUACUUAGGAUUCUAGACCACACUGCCUUUUCUACAGAAAAAUCUGCUGAUAUUGAAAUUUGCGAUGAAGAGUGUGACUCUCCUGAAUCGGUCAGCCAGCAGACUCAAGAGGAGAGCCCUCUGGAGGUUCACGCUGCCGAGGACGUUCCGAUUGCUGCAGAAGUGCAUGCCAUUUCCGAAGACUAUGAUAUAGAGACAGAAAACAACUCCUCUGAGAGUCUCCAAGACCAGACUGAUGAAGAGCCCCCGGCUAAACUCUGCAAAGUCCUCGACAAGAGCCAGGCCUUGAAUGUGACUGCCCAGCAGAAAUGGCCUUUACUGAGAGCUAAUAGCAGCGGCCUCUAUAAAUGUGAACUGUGCGAGUUCAACAGCAAAUAUUUUUCCGAUUUAAAGCAGCAUAUGAUCCUGAAGCAUAAGCGCACUGAUUCAAAUGUGUGUCGAGUGUGCAAGGAAAGUUUCUCUACCAACAUGCUUCUGAUCGAGCACGCCAAACUGCACGAAGAGGAUCCCUACAUUUGUAAAUACUGCGAUUAUAAGACGGUGAUCUUUGAGAACCUCAGCCAGCACAUUGCAGACACCCAUUUUAGUGACCACCUUUAUUGGUGCGAGCAGUGCGAUGUGCAGUUCUCCUCAAGCAGUGAACUCUAUCUCCAUUUCCAGGAGCACAGCUGUGACGAACAGUACUUGUGUCAGUUCUGUGAACAUGAGACGAAUGACCCAGAAGACUUGCAUAGCCAUGUGGUAAAUGAACAUGCAUGUAAAUUAAUAGAGUUAAGUGAUAAGUAUAACAAUGGAGAACACGGACAGUACAGCCUCUUAAGCAAAAUUACCUUUGAUAAAUGUAAAAACUUCUUUGUCUGUCAAGUGUGUGGUUUUCGGAGUAGACUUCAUACCAAUGUUAACAGGCAUGUUGCUAUUGAACAUACUAAAAUUUUUCCUCAUGUUUGUGAUGACUGUGGGAAAGGCUUUUCAAGUAUGCUAGAAUAUUGCAAACAUUUAAAUUCACAUUUAUCUGAAGGCAUUUAUUUAUGUCAAUACUGUGAAUAUUCAACAGGACAAAUUGAAGAUCUUAAAAUUCAUCUAGAUUUCAAGCAUUCGGCUGACUUACCUCAUAAAUGUAGUGACUGCUUGAUGAGGUUUGGAAAUGAAAGGGAGUUAAUAAGUCACCUUCCAGUCCAUGAGACAACUUGAUUGUUCUCCUUAACUUCCAUAAUGUUAAUGUAAAAUAAUAAAUUUGACUUUUUUGGAGAUGUUAAAAUGGAUGAUUUUAAACACAGCUUAUGAGAAUUACCUUUAACAAAUAAGAUUUUUUUAAUUGUCCAAUUUUCUUGGCAUUGCUGCAUUUUUUAGUAAAUAAUUGUAUCCUAAAUGUGGUAUUUUCAAUGCAUGGUAGUUCAUAGUUUGAACCACUCUUGGUGGCUAUCUUAUUUCUUGCAUGUGCUCUGAUUUCAUGAAUUGAUAAGAAACAGACAGACUAAAGAAACUAGACUACAGUUUUCCUUCAUGACCAAAGGUGCUAUUAACUUUUUCUGUUUUAAACUCAAGAUUAGCUCAGUUUUUCGUGUAUGAAGUCAUUAAAAUACUGCACUACCAGAACUAAAAGGCAAUAUAAUGUACAAUUAGUCCACCAAUACUCCCAUUCCUAAGAGCCCAGACCCUGCUUUCGCAGUCACCAUCAGUGAUUAUCCUCAGGGUCAUCAGUAGACUCUCCAUCAGUCUGAUUCUUUUAAUAACACUAGGAGUCCAGUGUUAUCGUAGGAAGGAAAGAUCCAGUUUUCUUGGUAGUCUGUUUUUUUUUUGAUUCUUACUUUAUUUUAGCUCUUCUCUAUGAGUUAAAUAAUUUAAGAUGAGGGUAGGGAGGACGGGUAAGGGGUUAUGCAAUAAAGUAACUUUUCAUAACUCA